UGACACACUGAUGGCAGCUCCACUGCCUAACACUCGCGCCAAACUAUAACCACCAUGAGCAAUGUGGGGUUCAGUUUCCCAAGGACACUUCGACACAUGAGCCUUGAAACGAACAGCCACCAUGGGUGUGCCAUGUACCACCACACAUACUUGCCCUUCCCAUGAGCAGCGCAGCGAGUUUGGAAUAUCAUCAACAAACUGUCAGGGAAGUCAGUUUCUUUAAAAAGCUCACAUUUUUUGCACAUUUCACUGCAGCCCUUUUGCUUGCAGCAGCUACCAUACAUGCCGUUGGUUUGGACUGAGGAAUAGAUGGACAUCUCACGUUCAGAGGUCUGCUGUCUAUCAGAACACUCAAAUGAAAUUGCAACUCUGGACAAGAGGCUGAAACCAGAGAGGAGGAAAACUGCUUUGUGGUGUUGCCCGUUUCUUCAGAGAUGGAUGAAGUGAAAAAUCAGGGCAGUGACAACGUUAAAAGAUUUCUGAAGAAGUUCUUCAUCAUCUGCACUCUCUUGACUACAUUGCUGUAUGUUUAUCAUGGAUGGUGGAGAAGCGACAGCUACACCACGUUUGGCCAUGUAAAAAACAAUGGGAGUUUAACCAUCCUGCUGUGGCACUGGCCCUUUGUUCAGUCCUAUGUCCUGGAAGGUGAUGUUUGCUGGGAUCUCUUCCACAUCCCUCACUGUAAGCUGGUAGACGAUCGCUCCUAUUUCUCUUCUGCGGACAUUGUGGUGUUCCACAACAGAGAACUGAUACAGGGCAGACAAAAAUUGCCCACUGACCUCCUAAGACCAGAAGGCCAGCGGUGGGCCUGGAUGUCCCUGGAAUCUCCAGCUCACAAUGGAAACCUAAAACCGUUUGCAAACAUCUUCAAUAUGACCAUUUCCUACAGGAGGGAUGCUGAUGUUACCAUACCUUAUGGAGAACUGCUCCCUAAGGAGGAAGAAACCCCACUGCCAGAGGACAUUACUGUCAAUAAGAGCUCCCUGGUCUGUUGGGUGGUCAGCAACUACAUGAGGCACCAUAAAAGAACUCAGGUGUACAAAGAGCUCAGCGCCGUCGUUCCAGUGCAGGUUUAUGGCCGAUGGACAGGUAAACCUCUUUCCUCCUCAGAUCUGCUGCCCACAAUCUCCCGCUGCUUCUUCUACUUGGCAUUUGAGAACUCACUGGCCAAAGAUUAUAUCACUGAAAAGCUGUGGAAGAACUCCUAUGAAGCCGGAGCUGUGCCCGUUGUCCUGGGCCCCUCGAUACAAGACUACAAAGCUGUGGCUCCGCCUCAUUCUUUCAUCCAUGUUAAUGAGUUUGCAUCAGUAAGAGAGCUGGGAGAAUACUUACAAGAGCUGGCAAAAGACAAAAAGCGCUAUGCAGAGUAUUUUAACUGGAAGCAGUGGUGGAAGGUGAAGCUUUAUGUAGAUUGGAGGGAAAGACUCUGCAACAUCUGUUCUCAAAACAGCACUUUACAAUACAAAAAGACUUACUCAGAUUUAGAGGCUUGGGACAAGAAGGUUUAGGUAUUACGAAAAUAUUUCCACAUUUCUGUGGCAUAAUAAGGGAUAUUUGGUCAUUCUCAACAUUUAUGAAAACAUCCUAUUCAAUGUUCAUCAUGACAGGGCCAACUUACAAUCUUUUUUUCAUUUUAACAGAAAAAUUCAUGUAUUUUCAACACUAUGAAGCGCACUUAAAAGUCUUUUUUUGUUUUUUUCAAAACAGCCCCCCUUAUAAUCCAGUGUGCCUCAUAUAUGGAUGAAUUCUGGUUGUGUUUACUCAAGUUAAAGGGGUUUUGAGAGCUGCACGGCGCUCUGGCAAAAUGUUUGCUUUGAUUUUGUUGUAAAUACGCUAUCAUGGCUAAUUCGUAGCAUGUUACAUACAAGUUUUAGAAUGGCUGUAACACAGUUAAUAAACUGUGGCUGACAGAUUGAUCUUUUACUCUUUUGUCUCACUUAAUGCACCUUAUAGUUCGGUUCACCAAUUAUAUAAUUUCAAAAAUAAAACUUUUCAUCAAUGGUGCGUCUUACAAUUCAGUGUGCCCUAUGGUGCAAAAAAAUACGGAGCAGACAGCCCUCCGUCUGGCUUUUUAUAAAAACACAGCACUUUUCAGGAUGCGGUAUGUCGCGGUCAUGUCUGUCCAACUAAGAAAACUUGACUCUUUCAGCAUUUAUUGAGGCAAGUGUGGCAUUUUAUGCUUCCAGCAGCAGAAACUGACUGAGUGACACUAUCAAGUAGACAGUUGGAUAAAGAUUUUCGUUUGUUUUGUUUCUUUACUUCAUUGUAAGCUGGCUUUCUUGUUCAAAUCCUGUUCAUUUUCUGUAACUGAGAAACACUUACAUUGCUUUUGAUUGAUCAAAGUCUUAAGGUUGUUGUUUUUUCCUUUAAUAAAUACUCAGUGUUUUUUUACAACAAGCUUGUUAUGAAUGCUAUGAUUUAUCAUACAUGGUAUUUUUUGGUCAUGUGUCAGAGAGGAACCUAGACAAGACAGCAGUAAGAACUUGUGAACUUAUGGCGAGUGCUUGUCACAUCUUCAAAAAAAAAAAAA